AUGCCAAAUGAAAUGUCUCUUACCCCCAACCCAGCAGCUUGCCACCUAGCCGAUGCCGCAUCCACCCUCGAGGCUACCGUAUUUUCGAUUUAUUUCCCAGAUGCGUUUCUCCCUCUUUUUAUCUGUUUCUCUCUCUUUUUAUCUGUCUGUUUCUCUCUCUUACUCCCUAUCACAAAGGGGGCAAGGAUUAUUUCAUCCGAUAUGCAUUCUUCUCAAAAAUACUCUAUUAAUUCAACCUUAAUAAAGACUUUAAGUCGCGAAUUUCUCCAUUUAUUUUUUCCAAUUCGGUGGUCACGGCUCAAAGAGUUAACAAAUAAACAAUCCUUUCUUCCUUAUAAUAUCAAUGUCUUCCAUUUGAUUUUUUUCAUUAAUCUUAACUUUUUUCUCGCACUCAUUUCUUAUUCUUUUUUGUUUUCCCUCUCUCUCCUUAUUUCUUUAUCUUUUUCUUUCAAUUUUCUCUUCUGUCUUUUUCUCUUUCUUUUUUAUUCCUUCUUUGUAUGCUUUAUUCUUUCUUUCUUUUUUCUAUUUACUGUUUUUGUCAUUUCUCUCUCUCUUUCUCUCUCUCUUUCUCUCUCUCUCUCUUUCUCUCUCUCUCUCUUUCUCUCUUUCUCUUUUUUCAGUUUUCCCUCUCUACCACCUGUUGUUCAUCAAUUGUGA